ACCUGGGGACCCACGGGUUGAGAACCACAGCUCUAGGGAGAAAGACACUCCAGUUUUACAUAUUUUGGGGGAAUAGGCUCAGGAGGCUGCAGGACUACUAAUAAUUGCCACAUUUUGGUGUUUUUAUCAGCCUGGAGUGCUAGAAGAGUAACCUAGACCACAGAAAAACCAUCUUUUGGUGCUCUUAGGAGGAUCCGAGGGGAUUGAAAGCCAGCUGGAAACAAAGUUCAGCCGUCCUCCUGAAGCACUAGAAGCCUGAAAGAAGAGGAUCCAUCCUUUUGUUCUCUGUGUGUUGAGGAGAUUGAAAACUAGAUGAGAAAUUGGUCCGGAACCAACCAUCCAGAAGAAGGUUUUGAUCCAUCUGCUCCCAGCGAGCAAAAAAUGGUGGGAACAGAACGAGGAAAAAGACCGAACAGAGCACACAAAUCCUCCAUCGUUGUUCCACCCAAACAUACGGGAUGGGGAAUAUCACAGGAAAGUAAAGAGGGGAUGCAACAACGCUGGGAAGCCCAAUGGCAGGAGUUCCUGAAGACCCUGCAGCCCAUUCACACGAGCGAGGAAGACCCGAUGGUGCUGGAAUCCUCCCCGUGGGAUGAUGCCAAGGCCUUCCUGGCCUCCUUCGAGCAAGUGGCCAAAGCCUGUCGGUGGCCAAAGGAAGAGUGGGUGACCCGUCUCCAGCCGGCUCUGAGCGGAGAAGCGGAACAAGCCUACGGUAUCCUGGAAGCCGGAGACCGGGAGGAUUACGGGAAAGUGAAGGUGGCCCUCUUGCGCAGGGAUGCCCUGAGGAUGGAGGCACAGCGGCAGCACUUUCGGCAGUUCUUCUGCCCGGAGUUUGAGGAUCCGCGGAGAGUCUACAGCCAGCUUCAGGAACUUUGCUGUCAGUGGCUUAAGCCAGAGAGGCGCAGCAAGGAGCAGAUCCUGGAGCUGCUGAUCCUGGAGCAAUUCCUGGCUGUUUUGCCACUCGAGAUCCAGAACUGGAUCCGGGAAGGAGGGCCAGAGACCUGCGCACAAGCGGUGGUCCUGGUGGAAGACUUCCUAACAAGCCAACGAGAGGCCGAAGUAGGCAAAUGGCAGGGUCCAUUGCAAGAGGUGCGCCUAAACUCCCAGGAAGGAGAAGAGGGUCCUUUAAGGGACCUGCAGGAUCAGGUCUACAAAGAAGCCAAGCACAACAGUGUUGGAGAGAUCAAUUUGCUGGGCAGUGGGAUCAAAGGUCCAAGUCACCCGAGUUCUUUGCUUCCUGCAGAAGGUCAGGGAAUGGCUGAAGCUGGUCCAAGUGAGGGAAUGGUGAGCCUCAACGAGGCCGCCAUGGUUAAGCCGUCUCCAAUGCAACCCGUCCAACGGACCAUGUUUUGGCAAGUCCUGCAGGAGGAAGGUGGAAAUGCAAACUCCUUGGAGGGAAUUUUGGCACCCAAACCUGAUCAAUCUCCCCACCCUCCAAAAGAAGAGACGUUCCACCAGUUUCCAGUGGGAUGUGAGAGGCACCCAGGACGCAAUUCCGGUGACAAAAAAGGAAACAAGUUCAAGACAGAGGGUUCUCUGUACGAGCUGGAGGAAAUGCCCAGGACACAGCCAGAGACGAGCCAGGGGAACGUGCCAGUGACCGACGAGAUGCUCAAGGAAAGAUGUGACAAGAAGAGAAGUUGGAUCAUGGUGGAGACUUUUCAUUAUGGAGGAGAUGCGAUGGACAAAACACCCACAACGGUGACACGUUCAGAGGAAGGAAAUAUCCCUGCAGCAACCGAAAUGGACAAGAAAAGAUGGGAGUCCAAUAGAGGACAAAGGAGGGACCUGAUGGAAGCUGACAACGAAUCCAGCAUGUUCUCAGAAGGUUUUGGUCCUGAAUGCAAUGAGAGACACAUCGUGUACGUGAAGGAUGAACUGCCUUUUUCCGCUGGGCCGGGUGGAAGAUCCCACCCCAAUUCAGGAAUCAUUAUAAAACAUGUUGGAGAGGACCAGCUUGGAUAUCCAACAGAGAUGGAAAUCUUCCAGGAAAAUCCUGGAGAAAAAAUGUAUAAACACACAGAAACCUUUCCUGCCCUUGAUCAGAGAGAACGUCCACUUGGAAGACACCAGAGUAGUCCAACAGGAGAGAAUUCUUUCAGUUGCCUUGAAUGUGGGAUAAGCUUCUCUCAGCGGUUGCAUUUGAUGGCCCACCUGCAGAUCCAUGCAGGAGAAAAACCUUACAGAUGCCUCGAGUGCGGGAACUGCUUCAUCCAAAAGAUUAGUCUAAUGCGACAUCAGAAGAUUCAUGCUGGAGUGAAACCUUACAAAUGCACCGAAUGCGGGAAAAGCUUCAUGCAGAGCACGCAUCUGAAGAGGCACCAGAGGAUCCACACGGGCGAGAAACCUUUUGAAUGUACGGAUUGUGGGAGACACUUCUCCAGGAAAGAUAAACUGAUGGGGCAUCAGAGAAUUCACUGUGGUCAGAAAACCUAACUCAGUCCCCAAGUGUCAGAAAAGCUGAGCCUGGGAUGAGCAUCUAAGAAUCGAAAUAGGAGAGAAGAUUUAUUAAACUGCUGCGUGAGGAAGAAACAUGAUUGAAAACAUCAUUCACCCUAUUUAUUUAUUUAUCGUGUCAGGGGCAACCAGACAAUUUACCCUGAGCUUGGAGAAUUGAUCGCUGCCUGAAAUGUUUUAAGUAUGUGGAAAACUUUGGUUCCAAAGGGACACAGAUGAAUCUAUGUUGGAUAUUAAACAAGUAAACAGAGAGAGAAAGAUGAGUCCUAUGAAUGAAUAUGUGUAGGGUAAGGUUAUAAAUAGUUCCAAACUACUGUUUCUGUUAUGUUUUGUCUCCAAGAUGUGCAAUUGGUCGGAUGGAAGGUGGCAAAUGUGGCCUUCUGCCCUCUUAGUGGUUAUGAAGCAGAUUAAAAUCGUCAAAGACUUUCAUGACUGAAAUCACUGGGUUGUUAUAGGUUUUUUGGGCUAU